GUAAAAUGUUUUUUUUUUUGUGUUUGAUGUUAAGUCCUUACUAUUACAACCCAAUUGAAACCAACUCGCACACACAUGUAUGUAUAAAUGUAAAUACAUAUACAUAUGUAUUAAAGCAUACUGCAUCGGAUACAUUAUUAAUUAUAACAACCACAGAAACAUGAUGAUUUAUAAGCAAAAACUAUAUGUAUAUAUCGAAAAGACGGAUAAUUUUGAAAAAGCAUUUCUCUGUUUGAUGUGGCAAUGACUUAAGAAGCUGGUAUGGAAAAAACAUGUUUUAAUGACCAUAAAAAUAAGAAUGCAAAGUAAAUAUGUUAUACAUAUGUACUUCCAAUAUGUGUAAAUACAUAUGCAUAGGAUACACAAACAUAGUAAAGAAGUUCUACUAUAAAAAGACAUGACCAAAGUCGUAGUAGCACCAGUGCAACUAAAUAUUACCAUUCAAACAGAUGGAUUAAAAAAAUCUUGAAAUAGUCGUUGUAAAACUUCGAAAGAAAUAUAAUAUAUUCAUGGAAAGUACUUGAGACAAACUGUUAGAGGUCUUCUCUAUUGAAUAUUGUAAUCGAAUUAGUGUCAUAUAUCCUUUCUUCAUCAUAAUUUUUGACGUGGAAUUUCUUUAGUUUUCGAAACCAUAUUUCUGAUAUACAUACUGAACUAAUAAAUGAUUGGAAAUGCAUCAUAAAACAUUGAGAGUAUAUAUGCAGAAAAUUAAGAGUAAUAUAGGACAACAGACAUUUUUUCAUGUAUUUUCAAUUUUACGUGAACGUUAUUAUUCCAAUAUCCAAGUCUCCGUUCGAACACCGCAAAAACAAUAUGCUUUUCUUUUAAUUGCAUUCGUACUGCUGCAAUAUGCCGACUUACGUAUGUGUUGUCACAUAUCAGCAAAUCAUCUAACACCAAACAGUGAUGACGCAAACUAUCUAAUAAACGGGGCACAUUCAACAGGCGGCAAAACGAACAGUAUUACCGCUACUGAGAAGAGAGUAAUUAGCAAUACUAGCAAGGGUGAUAUCGAAUACAGUCAAAUUGCCAACAACAAACGACGUAUUGGUAGUGGUCAGCCUGAGGAGAUUUUUAGUCUUGAUGAUCGGGUCGAAGCCAAUUAUGAUGAGUAUCCGAUGGUAGUACCUAAGCGAGCUGCUCUUUUGUUAGACCGACUCAUGGUUGCUUUACAUCAUGCUCUAGAAAAAGAACGUCGUAAAAUAAGCGAUUUUUAUGCGGAACAGAACGAUAAAAACGCCAACAUGAAAGGGGAUAAUAAUCCUAAUAAUGAUGAUGAUUAUGAGCAAAUCAAUGGUAAUCAUAUGUACAGCGAUGAUGAUCCUUCAGUUGUGAUGGAUUACGAUUUCAAAGACUUAAAUUCCAUAAAUCGUGCCACUGGUGAAACUUUAAUGGCAAAGAGCUUUCAGAGAAGAGGAAGCAAUAACUUGGAUUUGGGAGGAAACCUUGGCAACGUCGAAGAUGUAGCGAUGCUUACGGGUGCUGCGGCAAGAGAUGACGAUUCUGGUGAUUUAAAUGGUAUUAUUGGUCGAAACGGAAUGGGGAAUACAGGACGUAUAUACUGGCGUUGUUAUUUCAAUGCAGUAAGCUGCUUCUAAAAGUAAAAGUGCUACAAAUAGUUUAAAUGUGAAGUAUAUGUAUGUAUUUGAAAAGGCAUAUAUUCGAAUGUUAUAAAUAUGAUUAUAUACAUAUGUAGUACGCAUGUAACAUUGUAAAUGUAUACGUACACAUUUUUCUUAUUACGUACCUACAUACAUUCCCAUGCUUAAAUGAGAAACCAUUAUACAGAUACAUAUUCUGGCAAUUCCAAAUUUAUUCCAACGUACCAUUAAGGAUCACUGCUUAUAUAUAUCUAUGUAUGUAUAAAUGUGUACGGAAUUGCGACGAAUUAACUCAACAUUUCCAUAAAUUACAUACGUUCAUCAUAUUUUCCAUAAUGAUUUUUGCAGAAAAUAAGCAAGUAUGUGCAACCCUUAUAAAUUAUAAUAUAUUAUAGGAUAUAGA